CAUACUUUCCAGUCACACCAUACACUGUAUAGCGCCUCCUCCUUCUCAUGUCUGAUGGUUUGAGUAAUGUGACGUGAGGUAGAUGAAAAGGGCAAAAAAAAAUUAGAAACAAACUGUUACUGACCGAGCUAGCCAGCACAAUCGCCAAAAUAAUAUCUGACUGAUAUGAAAAGAGUAAUAUAGAUAAAGCGCGGCCUCAAAAUCAAGGAAGGCAGUAUGGACGGCGGGGACUUCUCACCACUGAAGCGUUUUGUCAUCGCCAAAAGGAAGAUCAGCACAGUGUUUGAACAUCUGCUGGAGUAUGUCAAGGAGGGGUCAGAGUUUGUACAAGAUACGUGCCGGAGUGAAGACCUGGCACAGAUCGCCUCUGAGGAUCAGCUGAAGCAGAUACAGUCCUAUACGGGGAAGCUGGCUGUGAUCAAAGAAGUGCUGGCCCGCCGGCACAUGAAGGUGGCUUUCUUCGGCAGGACGAGUAACGGUAAGAGCACGGUGAUCAACGCCAUGCUGAGGGACCGCGUCCUGCCCAGCGGUAUCGGACACACCACCAACUGCUUUCUGAGCGUGGAGGGCACGGACGAGGACAAGGCCUUCCUCACCACCGAGGGCUCCGAGGAGGAGAAGAGCAUCAAGACGGUGAACCAGCUCGCCCACGCUCUGCACAUGGAUGAGAGUCUGGAUGCUGGCUGUCUGGUGAAGGUUUUCUGGCCCAAGACCAAAUGUGCCCUGCUGAGAGAUGACCUGGUUCUCGUGGACAGCCCGGGGACUGAUGUCACCACACAGCUGGACAGCUGGAUCGACAAAUUCUGCCUGGACGCCGACGUGUUUGUGCUGGUGGCCAACUCGGAGUCCACGCUAAUGAACACGGAGAAGCACUUUUUCCACAAGGUGAACGAGCGUCUUUCAAAGCCCAACAUUUUCAUCCUGAACAACCGCUGGGAUGCCUCCGCUUCAGAGCCCGAGUACAUGGAGGACGUGCGGAAGCAGCACACGGACCGCUGCGUCAGCUUCCUGGUGGAGGAGCUGAAGGUUGUGGACUGGCAGCAGGCGCCCAAUCGCAUCUUCUUCGUGUCCGCCAAAGAGGUGCUGAACUCCAGGAUGCAGCGGGCCCAGGGCAUGCCGGAGACCGGUGGGGCUCUAGCAGAAGGGUUCCAGGAGAGACUGAAGGAGUUCCAAAGCUUUGAGAGAACGUUUGAGGAGUGUAUCUCGCAGUCAGCGGUGAAGACGAAGUUUGAGCAGCACACCUUCAGAGCCAAGCAGAUCACCGAGACCGUCAAAAGCAUCAUGGACGCCAUCAACAUCGCCUCGGCUGAGAAGAGGGUACAUUCCCUGGAGGAGAGGGAGUACCAGGCGGACCGUUUGGAGUUUGUGCGUAAUCAGCUCAACCUGCUCACGGAUGACAUCAAGAAGAGGAUCAAGGCUGUCACCGAGCAGGUGGAGGAGAAGGUGUCCAACGCCAUGGCGGAGGAGAUCUGUCGAGUGUCGGUGCUGGUCGAUGAGUUCCACGCUGACUUCCACCCCUCUCCCCAAGUGCUCAAACUCUACAAAUCUGAGCUGCUCACGCACUUGGAGGAGGGAAUGGGGAAGAACCUGGCCUUCCGCUGCUCUGACGCCAUCAGUGCAUCUGUACAGACCUCGCAGAAAGACAUGAUCGACUGCGUGCUGCCUCUGCUGCCCCCUGCUGUUCAGAGCCAGCUGCACAUGCUGAUUCCCUCCCGGAGGUUUGACCUCAGCUACGACCUGAACUGCAGCUCCCUGUGCACUGACUUCCAGGAGAACAUCGAGUUCCAGUUCUCCCUGGGCUGGACCGCUGUGGUGAACCGCUUCCUGGGCCCGGCCAAUGCACAGCGGGCCCUGAUGCUCGUCAACCAGAACCUACAGGCUCCUUGUUCCGUGGCCACCACCCCCGCCGCCUCGACCCCUGCAGGCCCACGGCCCCAGGAGGGCACGGUCUCCCAGGAGGAGCUCAUGCUGAGCAUGGCCUCUGGGCUGGCCUCUCUCACCUCCCGAACCUCCAUGAGCAUGGUCAUCGUGGGAGGAGUGGUAUGGCGAGGUGUGGGGUGGAGGCUCAUCGCCCUCUCCAUGAGCCUCUACGGCCUGCUCUACCUGUACGAGAAGCUCACCUGGACCACCAAGGCCAAGGAGCGGGCCUUCAAGAAGCAGUUUGUGGACUACGCCACUGAGAAGCUGCAGAUGAUCGUCAGCUUCACCAGCGCAAACUGUAGCCACCAGGUCCAGCAGGAAAUGGCCGCCACCUUUGCCCGGCUGAGCCAACAGGUUGACCAGACCCAGCGGGAGCUGGAGGGAGACAUCAGCCGCCUGACCGCCAACAUCCAGCGGCUGGAGACGGUUCAGAGCCGGUCCAAAAGCCUCAGACACAAGGCGACAGAGCUGGAGACACAGUUGGACAGUUUCACAGACGAGUAUUUGCACCCUUCACAGUGAGGUCUCGAGAGUGGGGGAUGGAAGAUCCACUGACCCCCAUCUGUCUCUUUCCAUUCACCAGCCCAUGUGGGCAGGAGAGUCAUCCAGCCCUUUACAGUAUUUUUACAAUGGGGUUUUAUUUUUACACGGGGAUCUCAAACUCCAGUCCUGGUUGGUUGCAGUAUUUGCCGGUAUUAUUAAUAGCAGGGAUCACCAAAAUCACGGUCCUUGAGGGCUGAGACCUUCUGGUUUUCCACCCUCCCUUUACCUGGGCGUCAGACACUCCAGCCAAUCCGUAGCGCUAAUUAUUCAGUUAAUUAUCCGGGAGGAAAGAAAAGCAGGUCUGGAUUUGAGGACUCUGAUUCGAUGAUCCACGUUUUUUGUCAUUUUCAAAUGGCAGCAAGUUUAGGCCUCCGAAAUCUGGUGCGUAGACUCUAGGUUUUCAAUCCAACCCUAAUUUAGCAGACCUGAUGCUACGAACUAGCAUCUUAACAUGAUCUCUAGCUGUUCAAUGAGUUGUGCUUUGUUAGGGUGGGAGUGAAAACCUACAGGAUGGUAGAUCUCCAGGGCAGCCCUGCUCUAGCUGUUGGAUGAGGUGUGCUUUGUUAGGUUUGGAGGGAAAACCUACAGGAUGGUAGAUCUCCAGGAACAGGGUUACCACUGCUUUAAUCAGUUAGGCACUGAACCACAUUGAAAGCCAGCGAGGCCCUCCAGAGUUUGAGAUUACGGUUCUAUACGGUUGUCAACACUUCCCUGUAGUGUGUGGGAUACCUGGAUCUUCAUUGUGUUUAAAAUAUUAUGAAGUGACUGCUCUACCCUAGUAUUGCAGCUGCUCUUGUUGGUGCUGGAGAAGGGUGGCCGAACGGUGAAUAUUCCGCAUGUACGACUGUGAAUAAGCCAUGGAACCACUUCCCUGAAGAUAUUUUUCUACAACCGUGUAUCUAUGUAAAAAAAAGAAAAAAAGAAAAAUAAUAUUAAACACUGUUGAAUUGCUUACAGUACCAUUACCUCUAUUGUUAAUAGUUAUGAACGGAACCAUUUUGAAUUGAUGCAUCCAUUUAUCCGGACGGACGACUAAUUUCCCAUUGCUCUCGUCUCGACUACAAGUAAGGGGUAGUUGAAAGAAUCCAAAAAAAAUAAAUAAUAAUAAUCCAGUUUCCAAAUUGGACAUAAAUUCUAGGUGUAGGAACCUACACCCCCACCCCACUUUGUAUAGUUUUGUCAUUUAUGGAAUUUCUGGUUUUGCAAGAUUGUCAAUAUAGUGAAUUCUAUUUAUGAUCAAGAAUUUAAUAAAAUGAUUUGUCAAGCUGUCUCAGCAA